CCGCCGCCGCCGCCCGGAUCUCGCAGCUCCGAGCAAACGUCGCGGGGGAGCAGGCUCCCCCUCACGACCAGUAGGGGCUGCCAGUCCCGAGGAACAAGGAGGCGGUCCUGGAGGCCCAGCAACGCCCGGGAAGGAGCAAGAGCCAGGCAAAGAGCAGACAUGAGUGACCAGCUGAGUCCAGUCCCGGACUUUUAGGGGCGGACCCAGUAGCCCCGUCGCUCUCCUCCGAACCGAGGAAUCUAAAGGAUGGAGACAAGUACCUGUAAGACCAGUGAAUCGGAGGAAGACUAUGUUGAAGAAGAAGAAUCUGAGGAGGAAUGUGAUAAGGGGGAAGUUCCCAUUCCUUCCAACCCUUCUCAGCAGGCAGUCUCAAAGACUGACUGUAAGGCAUUUGGGAAUGGCGUUCCCUUAUGCAUUAUAGCCACAAAAAUUCCGGAAAAAAUCACAACCCCAGCUGAUAUAGAUGACUUAGAAGUUGGGAGGAGAAAGAGAAGGCGGAAAUGCAGACCCCUGACCAUCAACCUGACCAACUGCAAGUAUGAGAGUGUGCGUCGAGCAGCCCAAAUGUGUGGCCUGAAGGAGGUGGGGGAGGAGGAAGAGUGGAACGUGUACUGGACAGACUAUUCUGUCUCACUGGAACGAGUCAUGGACAUGAAGCGGUUUCAGAAAAUCAACCACUUUCCUGGCAUGACAGAAAUCUGCCGCAAAGACCUGCUGGCUCGGAACCUCAACCGCAUGCAGAAACUCUAUCCCACGGAGUACAACAUCUUCCCCCGCACUUGGUGUCUCCCCGCAGACUAUGGGGACUUCCAGUCCUACGGCCGUCAGCGGAGAACCCGUGCGUAUAUAUGCAAGCCAGACAGUGGCUGUCAGGGGCGCGGCAUCUUCAUCACCCGAAACCCGCGGGAGAUCAAGCCAGGAGAGCAUAUGAUCUGCCAGCAGUACAUCUCCAAGCCCUUCCUCAUUGAUGGCUUCAAGUUUGAUAUGCGAAUCUAUGUCCUGAUCACAUCCUGUGACCCUCUUCGGAUCUUCAUGUACGAGGAAGGCCUGGCCCGUUUUGCCACCAUGCCCUAUGUGGAGCCCAUGUACAACAACCUGGAUGAUGUCUGCAUGCACUUGACCAACUAUGCUAUCAACAAACACAACGAGAAUUUUGUCCGGGACGAUGCCAUGGGCAGUAAGAGGAAGCUGUCGACGCUCAAUGCCUGGCUGCAAGAACACAGCUACGACCCCCGAGAGAUGUGGGGGGGCAUCGAGGACAUCAUCAUCAAAACCAUCAUCUCGGCCCAUUCUGUUCUUCGUCACAACUACCGAACCUGUUUUCCCCAAUAUCUGAGUGGAGGUACUUGUGCCUGUUUUGAGAUCCUUGGUUUUGACAUCUUGCUGGACCACAAGCUGAAGCCCUGGCUGCUGGAGGUAAACCAUUCUCCAAGCUUCACCACUGACUCACGCCUAGAUAGAGAAGUGAAGGAUGCACUCCUCUGUGAUGCCAUGACCCUUGUCAACCUCCGGGGCUGUGACAAAAGGAAGAUGAUGGAGGAAGACAAGCGGCGAGUCAAAGAACGGCUUUUCCAGUGUCACCAGCAGUCGCGGGAAGCCAGGCGAGAACAAACUGAGUCAUCCCAUGCAGCCCUGCUGGACCAGGAACGCUAUGAGGAUUCUCACCUGGGUGGGUACCGGAGGAUCUACCCGGGGCCUGACACGGAGAAGUACGCGCCCUUCUUCAAGAACAACGGCUCCCUCUUCCAGGAGACUGCCGCCUCCAAGGCCAGGGAGGAGUGCGCCAGGCAGCAACUGGAAGAGAUCCGCCUUAAGCAGGAACAACAGGAGACCUCAAGCACCAAGAGGCGAAAGGAAAACAAGGAGCAGAACCAGGGGGAAUCAGCAGAGGAGAAGAGCCGACCCAGGGUCAGGAUCCGGGACUUUUCCACCCACUUGGCUUACAGGAACCGGAAUCGGGAGAAAGAAGAGUCGGAGCUGCUACCAGGACAUCUGGACAGCAUGCAGCCUCAAGAAAUUGUGGAAGAGGAGGAGCUGGAACGGAUGAAGGCCCUUCUACAAAGGGAGAAUCUCAUCCGAAGCCUGGGUAUUGUAGAGCAAAUCACCCGCAUGCUGCACCCCAGCCGCCGGGGCCAGAAAAAACAUCAUGAAUAUAGGCCUAGAUUUCACCAGGACGGGCUGGGCAGUCAAGAACUGCAGUCUGUGAGUCUGUUCCCAUUGGUCCUCCUGAGAGGGGCCGCCAAAGAGCAGGGCCCUCCUCAUUUCCUGCAUCCAGUUGGGCCGCAGGAAUUGAUCCCCAGGAUCUUAGGGCCACUGCCAAGCACGAAUGCUGCACUUCUGCAUCAUUCCCAGUGCCACCUACAGCCCAGGAACCUCAACUGGAUAAGAAAUCCAGCCGCCUUCGGCCCCUGUUCAUUAUCAAUGAAGAAAUCUGGAAGGCGCUAUUUUCCCAGUGCCAGAGUCAGGCUCACUAGCCAAGGCCAAGCCAGCAGAAGGCUAGAAGCCAUAAACCGAACCCUGGCAGGAUCAGUGCCACCCUCUUUAAUUCCAAAGCAGGGCUAUUUUCUGCAACCAGAAAGAGUGGUAAGUGGCCCAUGGACUGAAUGCACCUUGCCCUCCAUGGUAAACUUUGGACACAGAGCAGCCAAAGCCGGGGAUCUCCUCUGCCCUGCAUCAGCACCCCUGAUGCAGAGUACCGCUGCGCUCCUGGACAUCAGCCACCACAGGUAAAUGGAGGAAGGAAGCCCAGCACUCAGCCUCUCCUGGAGAACCCCCUCAGCUUUCCUAAGGGGCAAAGGGCCUUCAAUCUUUGCUAAAUGAAAGACUACCACCAAGCUUGAGUUUGAAAAGCCCUGGCCAGCGCCGUUUGCAUAAGGCACAAAUAGAAAGACACCAAGAAUUCCUCAGUACCCUCAUUAUUUUCGGAUCGUUAAAGACUAAAAUAUGAAGAGGAGCCAAGGCCAGCCAUGUACUCAUCUCCGCCCUUGAAACCAGAGCCUGGAUUUAUCGCUCGGCGAUGGGUCUAAACCCUGGGUGUGGCCCGGGGCUGGAGGUCAUCUCGGGGACAAGGAACCCCCUUCCCAGAGGAGCCGAUUGUGCCCAAAGUAGGGGCUGUCGAGGGGCGCUCGCCCCGGCGCAGUGGAGACAAGUCGGCCUGGGCAGGCGGAGGGGAGGCUCUUGGCAGUUGAACCCGUCUUUUUAUUAAAGUUUAUGCCGUUUUGCUGGA